GUUGUGGCAUAUUUAGUUUGAGCGACUUGUGACAUGACUAACAAGAGCUCAUUUGAUACUGGAGCUUUACAGUAUCUCCUCACCGUUGCUAUUGCUUCUUUGACUAUAGCUAAUUAUCUAACGUCAAGACUCUGGGCAUCUCUCCACGACUCUUCAUCUUAGGAACUGUUAACAGUCCUGGCCUCCGAUGAUUCAUGCAUGAAUACCUACAUUUAUGUCAAUGGUCUUGACUCUGAUUAAUAGUACUACGAUGUGUCGCACGCAAUAUCGCGCCCGAGUGGUCGCAUGGAGUGUAUGAUAUGCAAGAAAAGUUCCUGCCGGGCAAGGGAGAUCGGCUGGUGGGAUUUACACCUCCAAAGCCUUUUUACAAUUAGAUAUUCAAAUGUUUAAACCAUCAUGACUACUAGGUACGUAUAGUAAGCACCUUGUAGGAAUCAUUCAAUCGCGCCAACGUCGUUGUCUUGACGUCAUUCACAUACUCGGUAGGCAUACUUGGCACACCAAAGGUAUAGCCACCAUGACAUCUUUGAUUAUGGGAGGGCGUCAACUUGGCAGGAUUCAAGUGGCUACUGACCAGCAGGACCAGGCUGUGGAGGCGUACGGGGCGCUGGGAAGUUUGAUGGUGAAGGCUGUGAGGCCGUUUAUGAAGGAUCCGGUUGAUGAGGGGUGUCGGCCUACUCUGUUUGCGGCGACUAGUGACGAUGUUGUGAAGGAGAAGGUCGAUGGGGAAUAUAUUGUACCCGAUCGCAAGGUUUCGGAUCCGAGUAAUCAAGCUAAGGACGAGGAAUUGCAGGAACGGUGUUGGGGGUUGGCUGAAGGGAUUUUGAAGGAGAAAUUGGGGGAUUUGCCGUAUAGUGCGAGUUAGAUCAUGCGAAUUUUUGUACAGAUCUAAAAAUCCCUAGUUACCUACACUUUUCAAUCGUAGGUAGGUAUAUUUUAUAGAUAAUAUUGAUUCUUCAAUGGCCCUUUUAUCCCUUAAACAAGAGUUCCUGUAUGCAUGCCCCUACUGUUA